UAGACCACCGAAGGUGCGCAAGCAUGGAAGACCGCGGAAGGUGCAGGGAAUGUGGGUUUGAGAAGAAAGAAAUUAAAAUUGAAGCAGAAGAGAGUGAUCAGUCUAAUGUUGGUGGCAUUAAGAAGUUAAAUCGUGCUCGUGGGCGUGGCAGAUCAGUAAAGGGGCAGAGGACUUUGGCGGUUGAGAAGGAAGCAGAUGUGGUUAAAGCAGGAGAGAGUUAUCACUCUGAUGUUUUGGCAAGGAAGGAAGCAAACCACAAGCAUGAGUCACCACCCAAGAUGAAUUUUGAUUAUGGGGUUGAGAUGAAAGCUGUUGAUGCGGAAAUGGGAGUGGGCAAUCACUUUGAUUGUGAGUCUAGGAAGAAGGUCAUGCAUCAGCGUGGGAGACCACCCAAUGUGCAGGGCAAUGAGGGGUUACUGAAUAAACGAGUUGAGUUGGAAAGGGAAGGGAUUGAUCAAUGUAGUAGCAAGGUAAAGGAAGGUGUGCUCCGUAAGCAAGGAAGACCAGCAAAGGUGCAGGGUGGUAAUAAGGGUUUGAAGGGGAGGGUUAUAGAUGGGAGAAAAAAGGUGGGUGGGCUAAGAAGAGGCAGAAAGAAGUUGAGGGGUAAUUUAAAGUUUAAUAUGCCUGCUAAUACUUCAUAUUCAGAGAAGAGACUGAUUGGGAAAGAAUCAAAUCUUAAGAGGUCUGCUAAUAAGGAUUUAUUUGAUGAUAUGGAAAAGAAUGAGAGCAAAGCUUCACUAAUUGUGGAAGUGGAAGGCAAUGAAAAGAGAGUAAAGAAAGCAGGGGAUGAAGGUGAACUUAGAAAGUCAGAAGCAAAACAAGCUUUGAGAGAUCGAAUAGUGAAUAUGCUAAAAGAAGCAGGUUGGACAAUUGUUUACAGGCCUCGGAAUAAAAGAGAGUACAAUGAUGCAGUGUAUGUUAAUCCUGAAGGAAAUACUCACUGGUCAGUUACCCUGGCCUACAGGGUGCUUAAAAACAAUUAUGAGAAUGGUGACCCUAAGGCUUGUCCAAAUGGCUUUGUAUUUACUCCAAUUCCUGAAGAGGAACUUAGCAUCCUUAAAAGAAUAGUUCAAAAGAAAAGGGUUGGAAAAAAGAAGCCAAAAGGGGAGGAUGAUGGACUAGUUAAAAAGAAAAUGAAUAAACGAAAAAGGAAAUGGAAGGAAAAUGAGAAAAAGAAAAAAAAGAAGCUUCAUGAAGGGGAAAACUCUGAUGGUUCAUUACAAAGGGGAACACAAGUGUCAUGCAAGAAGCGUAAGCUACAGCAGACACAAAAGAGAAAGCAGUAUGCUUUGUUGGCCCGCAACUCAAUGGAUGGAGCUGGAUCUGAUAAUGAUGGUUAUAUGCUAUAUGAUGGUAAGCGGACCCUGCUUUCUUGGAUGAUUGAUUCGGGAACUGUUCCACAGGAUGGGAAAGUGGAAUGUUUGAUUCAAAAAAGAACACGUACUAGUGAAAGUAAGUCUGGUAGGAUAACUAGGGAUGGAAUCCAAUGCAACUGCUGUAGUGAUGUCUUCGCCAUUGCAGAAUUUGAAAUUCAUGCGGGGAGCAAAGUUCAUCAACCUUUCCAGAAUAUAUGUUUAGACACAGGAGUCUCCCUGUUGCAAUGCUUAUUAGAUGCAUGGAACAAACAACAGGCUGAACGUAAGGGCUUCCAUUUUGUGGAUUUUGGUGAAGAUCCAAAUGACGAUACCUGUGGUAUUUGUGGGGAUGGUGGUGAUUUGAUCUGUUGUGAUAGUUGCCCAUCAACAUUCCAUCAAAGUUGCUUAGGUAUAGAAGCAUUCCCUUCAGGUAGCUGGAACUGUGUCUACUGUACAUGCAAAUAUUGUGGGUUGGUUGGGAAUAUGUGUCAAAGUGGCAAUGAUGAGGAUACAUAUCCUACAGUUCUAACAUGCCAGUUAUGUGAAGAAAAAUAUCAUGAACCUUGUAUUCAGCCAAUGGAUGCUUUUGAUGAUGAUUCGAGUAGUGCGUUCUUUUGUGGGAAGAGAUGCAAAGAGUUGUUUGAGAGACUUCAGAUGCUAGUUGGGGUUAAACAUGAACUUCCAGAAGGCUUCUCAUGGACCCUUGUUCAGCGCUUUGAUAUCAGAUCAGAUGUUUGUCUCAAUGAAGCAUAUCAAAAUGUUGAAUCAAAUUCAAAGCUAGCUGUUGCAUUAUCAGUGAUGAAUGAGUGCUUUUUGCCUCUUGUUGACCACAGAAGUGGGAUCAAUCUGAUUCAUAAUAUCGUCUAUAAUUUUUGGUCAAACUUCACUAGGUUAAACUACAGUGGUUUUUACACAGCAAUUCUAGAAAAGGGGGAUGAGAUUAUUGCUGCAGCAUCCAUCAGGAUCCAUGGAAACCUGUUAGCUGAAAUGCCUUUCAUUGGGACGCGGUAUGCUUAUAGGCGUCAAGGGAUGUGUCGCCGGCUUCUAUGCGCAAUUGAAUCUGCCCUCAGCUCCCUGAAUGUUGAGAAAUUGGUCAUACCUGCAGUACCGGAAGUGAGGGAAACAUGGACUUCUGUUUUUCGUUUCGAACCACUAGAAGCUGCAUGGAAGCCAAAGAUGAGGAACAUGAAUAUGUUGGUCUUUCCUGGUGUGGAUAUGUUACAGAAACCAUUGCUGACACAUGUUACAGAGGAGUGGAAAAUGGAUGAGAUGUCCUAUAAAUCUGGAGAGAAAUGUUCGGUUGCGUUUGAUUUGAAUGUUUCUGCCGAGAGUCUUGCACCUGAAACAGAUAAUAGAAAUGAUGAACCCUCUGCUGUUGAAUCUACAAUGCCACUUCCUGAUGACACCUUGAAACAUACUUCUGAUAUAAUGGCUGAUACCAUCAAUCUUCCAGAGGCUGCUACUGUUUCUUCAUCUUGCAUUCCAGUACCUGAAGACAGGAAGCUGGAAUUUGACUCAAAAAGCAUAUGUUCAGAGGGGAAAACUGAUGAAAGCAUUGUUAAACAGAGCCUUGAUUCUAAGCAUGAGAGUUCUGUCAAACACUGAUAAUAUUGUCCAUGCUGACAAUGAAGUGGCAGUUGUUCAUGUGUCAAGGGAUUUUGAUGAGGAAGUUGUCACAUAUGGUUUCGAUGGCACAAUUCAGAUUUCUGAGGAUGCAGAUGGCAUGGAGAAGAAUAAGCAUUCGAAAUUACAGAUGGUAGAAUGUAUUUCUGGUUUUGGUAAGACAGGCCUCGAGUCUGAAGAAGCAAAAACUUGCCAUCCUAUUGCCAAAGAUGCAACCAACCAAACUUCUCCAUCAUCUCCACAAAGUGUGCGACAUGCUGCAAAUGGCCAUUAUGAUGUUGCAUCCAAUGUCAGUCAAAGUAGUCCUUCCCGACAUGGAGAUGAGAUGAAUGCUUCCAGAGAAGUCUCAGUUCCAAUUGAUGAAAAUUCUCAUACUGAUUGCAAUGAUACUUCCAAAAAGGAAAUCUUGCUGCAGUGCAUGUGCAUGUCCACAGAGGUUGUCUCAGCAGAUUCUGAGGUUGCCAUUACCAUCAUUCCUGAUCAGAGAAACAUCAACUGCAACACAAUCUGAUAUAUCUGAAAGGUAAUAUAGUUGCUAAUAUGGCUCUGUUGAAUAUACCAAAUCCCUGAAGUUGGAUGUGAUUCUGGAUCUUAACACAUUCUAAAUUCUGAAGUGGCUCUUCACCAUGUUUCUACCGUAGGAGUGAAUCACACGUUAAUCCGAGGUGAUAAUUUCUUUAACCGGUCUCGUUUUCGUUAUAUGCGGUCGAGUUCAAGUGUCCUUUUUGAAUGGCAACUACUAAUCAAGGUACUAGAUUUCUGUAUGCUCAGUAUAGAAUUUUUUAUGGUACAAAUUAUGGAAGAAUAAACAACUAGAGCCUGGAUGAUGGAUGCCAUUCACAUGGCAAGCAGGCUAGCUUUAGGGAUGCAUUCGGUAAUUCUUGUUGCUAUGUACAGAGUACAGUAUAGGCCAAAAGUAUUGUCUAGAGUAGCUUAACGCCAUUGAGGUUUUUGUAUAUUUUGUGACUGCCCCAUGCACUUGGUUAAAUGCAAGAUUUCAUCAUUGAGAUC